AUGGCAUUCGAAUACGCGUCAUUGAAUAACCGCAAAAAAGUAACUGUAAUUCACAAGGCAAAUAUCCAGAAACUUGGAGAUGGGUUGUUCCUAGAGGUUGUGGGCCAAAUUGCCAAGAAAGAUUAUUCUGAUAUCCAGUUUGAAUCGAUGAUUGUUGAUAACGCUUGCAUGCAACUGGUGUCUCGACCUGAACAGUUCGAUGUGAUGCUAAUGCCGAACCUCUAUGGUAACAUUAUCUCUAACAUUGCGUGUGGGCUGGUUGGAGGACCAGGCCUCGUCUCUGGAAUGAACAUAGGCGAGAAAUACGCUGUCUUUGAAACGGGAACGCGAAACACGGGUACGUCACUCGCUGGCAAAGAUCUCGCCAAUCCAACAGCAUUCAUUCGUGCCAGCGUCGAUAUGCUCAGGUACCUGAAUUGUCACUAUCACGCUAAUCUGAUCUCUGAUGCUCUGUGGAAGGCCUUGGUGGAACAGAGGACACAUACUAGAGACGUUGGAGGCACACACAAGGCUUCCGACGUUGUCAACAUGACGCUAGAGAACAUUAGCAGUAUUAUGAGCCGAUUAUAA